GAGCGAUGUUUAUUACAUGUUUCAUUUCUGUUUUCCGCUGCUUACUCACGCAGAUACACAGAAGCGACUGUGACUUACGGACGGCUCGCUCAGUGAACGCAUUCGCAAUCGAAACUCGAAAGUCAUGUACCAUCUCAAUUUGUUGUGAGUAAAGGAAAUAAUCAGACUUAUUAUACUUUCUCGUUCGUGCCUCUAUCGAUGGUCUAGUGCGAAAUUGAAAUUUGUGUGCCUUCGCAAAUAGCUACAGGUGAACGUUUCAACAAAGUAUCCUACAGUUUCAGUUCGUAUGCAGUGGACAAAGAAGUUCAGUGUUUUUGCACCGUAUACAAAUUGGCUUAGUGGUUGGUAUACUUUCCUCGGAGGCGACAUUGAGGAAAUAGUGCAACCACAUCCUCAAGGUUCAUGCGUUUCACGCUCACGCUAGAAUUACUGUGUAGCUGUGUGCAAGUUCUGAUACUUUACGUACGACCGAAAAAAUCAAUGCCCUGUUGGUAGAAUCGGUACAGUCAUUUGCUAUAAACAAGGAAGGAAAAUGUCGUUGCGAGCUAUACAGAAACGAGACAGAAACAAAUUAUCAUCUGCGCAACAAAAACAGAAUCUCUUUAUCAACAAAAGUCGAAGCUUCGUCGUCGAAGUAGCUCCAGCAGGCGCAGUUAGCAGCAAUAAUAACAGCAGUGGUGUUGGUGCUAACGCUGCUAUUAGUGGCCACGGUAACUAUCAUCAUCAGCAUCAGCAGCAAGAGCAUCAUCCGACCAGUAGAAAUGAUAAGUGGAGAAAUUCAAGUACCACCAGCAUAACAUCUUCCACGCCAACUGGAGGACUGCUGCUAGCUAACAAGAAACGCUCUACUUCCUGUCCGAGUUUGCAGAAACAUAUUCCGCGUCGUCCGACGCUUCGCUUCACCAAGUCGGAAUCCGAUCUGGAUGGUGCGUUGUGCCCGGGCGGAACGCGAACCUCGGCGGGUGUGAAUGCCUCGGCGACCGAUCCGUUCGACAGUUUCAGUGCCAACAAUCUAUACCUGGGUGCUAAGUCCGAGGUGUGUCUCAAAACAUUGGCAGUGAAAAGCACCAACCAGCCACAGGCACCCUUCCAGAGCAGGUGCUCAACUGCGGGGAACCGCCCUAGGAUGUACGAAAGCAGUCGUAGGCAAUCGGAAAACGGAACCGAACCGAGCCGGGGGGAGAAGUAUACCGGAAUCAUCAACAACAAUAACAAUGUCGCUCUGCGAAUUCCGAUUAUCGGCUACGAGGUGAUGGAGGAGAGAGCAAGAUUCACUAUCUUCAAACUUCGCAUCGAAAACAGCAUCUCACACACGUGCUGGCUUGUCCUGCGGCGAUACACGGACUUCGUCCGGUUGCACAUAACCCUGCGAACGAUGUUUCCACACUGUAACCUCGUGUUACCGAAGAAAAAAUGGUUCGGAAACAACUUCAACAGUGGCUUUAUCGACAACCGGAUACAAGGCCUGCAGAAGUUCAUCAACACCAUUCUGGACGAUGCUGGUAUGCGUACUUGUCCAGCAGUGCGAGAGUUCUUCUGUCUGGAUGAACCGCCAACUUACUCGGAGAGCAUGGAGGAAUCUCGGAUAAUUUUCGAAGCACAGGAAGAAACCAUAUCUCAUCUGAAGCAACAGCUCCAGACCAAAGACGAACUGAUUGCGGCCCUGCAGGCCAAGGUAGCUAGCGAAAUCAAUGGGAAUAAAGUGUUAGCCAAUGUUAUACGCAACAGCUUCGAAAAUUGUUCAAAGUGUGCAAAACAGCUGGACAAUCAUUUGAAAGAAUCUUCUUACAAAUAAGAUUGUGAACUGACCAGUAAAUGCACACAAACAUACGACAAUGAUAUUCGCAUAUCGCUUAGGUUAGGCAACUAGUAACCGACGCAAGCCUUAAAAAUGAACACUAAGCAACUAACAAUUAUUUAGGUAUUUUUUGUUGAUAUUGACAUAAUAGACCUACUCCGACAUGUAGUUAGAUAUUUGUGUAAUAAGGGCACUAAAUAAGUUAAUACUGUAGCCUCACACAACUUAAACAAAAAAAAAAUCACCAGAAAAAUAUAUUUUGAUAAUCUUUAA